AAAACGAGACGUCCGAAAUGGGACUUGUUUUGAAUUUAUGAUCCAUAUGUAAGGCACUUGUAGGCUUGUAGCAAAUUCAUUAGCUUUAUUUUGCUGACUUUUUGGUGUUGUCUUGUAGUAGUUGGACUAGGAAAGUUAGCAGUCAUUUCUUGCUCUUUACUCAUCUUUCUUCUCUUAUAAUGGAGGAAAACCUUUCAGUCAAUACUUUCUGAAGGCUAUCAGUAACUUAACUAUGGUGAGUUAUCGCCUCAUCUUUGUUUUAUGGUUAUUAUCAUCUAUGUGUUCUCAACUGUUUAUCUCAUAUUCGCUUGAUUUAAUCAAUUCAACCCAUCCUUUGAAAGAUGGAGACACAUUGGUUUCGGCAGGUGGAAAUUUUGAGCUGGGAUUCUUCACCCCUGAUAAUUCUGAUAGAAGGUACCUUGGAAUCUGGUACAAGAAAAUUCCUGUGCAAACUGUGGUUUGGGUAGCCAAUCGGGAGGUGCCACUCAAGACUCUUGUGAGUUCUUCAGCAGCCAUGCUUAGACUCACUAGCAGGUCAGUCCUUGAGCUUAUCAAUGGCACAGGUGUUGUUGUUUGGGAAACCAACCUGACAAGAACUGUGAAGAAUCCGGUUGCUGAGCUUUUAGACUCCGGGAAUCUUGUCAUAAAGGAUAUGGAUGGUGAUCAUAAAAAUGGUGAUGGUUUUUUAUGGCAGAGCUUUGAUUUUCCAUGUGACAUCCAGUUGCCUGGGAUGAAGCUGGGAAAGGACUGGGUUACAGGGCUUGAUCGGUACCUUACUUCCUGGAGAAGUAGCGAUGAUCCUUCACUGGGAAGCUAUACAUAUCGUCUUGAUUAUCAUGGCUACCCGCAACCAGUUCUGAUGAAAGGCCAUAUGGAGCAGUAUAGGAAUGGACCAUGGAACGGAGUAAGGUUCAGUGGUAAUCCUAGUCUGAAGCCUAACCCUUACUUCACCUUUGACUUUGUCAUGAAUUCUAAGGAAACAUAUUAUGUUUAUGAACUUCUCAAUAGCUCGGUCAUUUCUCAUAGGAUCUUGAACCCCUAUGGGACCAUGCAAAGGCUUGUUUGGAGUGAUCAUGUACAAGGAUGGGUAAUGUACUUGACCGCGCAGUCUGAUAAUUGUGAUACAUAUUCUCUGUGUGGUAAGUUUGGAAGUUGUAACAUAGCCAACUCUCCUGAAUGUGGGUGUUUGAAAGGUUUCAGUCCAAAAUCACCUAAUGAUUGGAAUUCUGGGGGAUGGUCAGAUGGGUGUAUGAGGAAGACCCCUUUGAGCUGUAAUGGAGGAGAUGGCUUUGUCAAGUAUACCAACGUCAAGCUGCCUGACACUCAAUAUUCCUGGUAUAACACGAGCAUGAACCUUGAUGAAUGCAGGAACAAGUGUUUGUCGAAUUGCUCCUGUGUAGCUUAUGCUAAUUUGGAUGUAAGGGCAGGGGGAAGUGGGUGUUUGAUUUGGAUUGAUGUCCUGACCGAUCUUAAGAUUUACCCCGAAAAUGGGCAGGAUCUCUUUGUGAAGCUAAAUGCUUCUGAUAUAGGAAAGGGAAAAAGGCGAAUCUGGAUAGUAUUAAGCUCAAGUAUUGCUGUUAUAAUACUCCUGAUUUUGUGCACAACACUCCUUUUAUGGAAGAAAAGGAAAUUCAGAAGAAAAGCAGGAGGAGCUAGAGAAAGUUACAUUGUCAAUGAUGGAGAGAACGCAGAACCGGAGUUGCCAUUGUUUGACAUCAGUGUUAUUGCUGAGGCUACCAAUAAUUUCUCAUAUACAAAUAGGCUUGGUGAAGGCGGCUUUGGCCCUGUGUACAAGGGUAUGCUGAAAUCAGGAAAAGAGAUAGCAGUGAAGAGGCUCUCUAAAGAAUCAAGGCAAGGACUAGAUGAGUUCAAGAAUGAAGUUAUAUGCAUUGCAAAGCUGCAGCAUAGAAACCUUGUAAAACUCUUGGGAUGUUGCAUUGAAGGAGAAGAACGGAUGCUAGUGUACGAAUACAUGAGCAACAAGAGUUUGGACUUGUUCAUCUUUGAUGAUAUGAGAAGUAAGUCUCUGGAGUGGCCCAAGCGCUUUCAGAUUAUUAAAGGGAUAGCUCGCGGUCUUCUUUAUUUGCAUCAGGAUUCAAGGUUAAGAAUUGUUCACAGAGACCUCAAGGCCAGCAAUAUCCUGCUAGACUCAGAAAUGAACCCGAAAAUUUCUGAUUUUGGUAUGGCUCGGAGUUUUGAAGGAAAUGAGUGUGAAGCAAAGACCAACAAAGUAGUUGGAACCUAUGGAUACAUGUCUCCAGAAUAUGCAAUAGACGGGCUCUUUUCUGUAAAAUCCGAUGUGUACAGCUUCGGAGUACUAGUGCUAGAAAUCAUCAGUAGUAAGAGAAACAGAGGAUUCAACCAUCCAGACCACCACCAUAACCUCCUUGGACAUGCAUGGAGACUUCACAAUGAAGGUUUGGCUUCGGAACUUGUUGAUACAUCAAUAGGGGGCUCCUGCAAUACAUCUGAAGUACUGAGAUCAAUACACAUAAGCUUGCUGUGCGUGCAGCAAAGCCCUGAUGAUCGCCCCAGCAUGCCGUCUGUUAUAGUAAUGUUAGAUAGCGAUGUUGCAUUGCCUCAACCAAAGAAGCCCGGGUUUUUCAUAGGGAGGGAGUUCCUGGACAAAGAAUAUUUAUCUAGUGCUACAAUAUCUGGAUCACAUUGCAGCAAUGAGAUGAGUAUAACUGCAGUAUCUGGCAGAUAGCAUUCUUUAUACUGUUAGUAUAUGCUAAUAAUUAAGUAAUAUAGUAAAAUGUUGAUCUUUAUUAGCUGGGUCUUGUUUAUGACAUACUUUGCAUAAUAAUUGUAAAUAUUCAAGCACAUAAAUUUUUAAAGUUCAAUGGUGUAGUUUUCAGA